UUUCCAUCCCUAUGCCAAUUGGGAUGAAACUCAUUUUGGGAAGAUGGGAAGUUACUACAUUAAUCGCACCUUCUUCUUUGAUGUCCACCCUCCUUUGGGGAAGAUGCUGAUUGGACUUGCUGGCUACCUUAGUGGAUAUGAUGGUACAUUUCCUUUCCAAAAGCCAGGGGACAGAUAUGAACAGCACAACUAUGUGGGAAUGAGAGGGUUCUGUGCGUUCCUUGGCUCUUGCCUGGUUCCCUUUGCCUACCUCACAGUACUAGAACUGUCCAAGUCACUACCUGCAGCCUUACUCACAGCUUUCAUCCUUGUUUUUGAUACGGGCUGUAUUACUUUGUCCCAAUAUAUUCUGCUUGACCCCAUUCUGAUGUUCUUCCUCAUGGGGGCUGUUCUGAGUAUGGUGAAAUGUAACACCUGUGCAGAUAGGCCAUUUUCCACCUCCUGGUGGUUCUGGCUGAGCCUGACUGGAGUGAACCUUGCUGGAGCAAUGGGGGUGAAGUUUGUUGGCCUUUUUGUAGUCUUGUUGGUUGGCCUGAACACAGUCUAUGAUCUUUGGGACUUGCUGGGGAACCUCAGCCUAUCACUGGUCAUGUUUGGGAGGCAUUUACUGGCUCGAGUGCUCUGCCUCAUCCUGCUCCCGCUUGCCCUCUACACGGCUAUGUUUGCUGUUCAUUUUGCUGUUUUAAAUAAAAGUGGGCCUGGGGAUGGUUUCUUCAGUUCUGCCUUUCAGUCCCAGUUGAUCGGGAACAAUCUUCAUAACGUCUCUGUUCCAGAGUACUUGGCUUAUGGUUCUGUGGUCACAAUGAAGAACCUUCGGAUGGCAGGGGGAUACCUUCACUCACACUGGCACCUUUACCCAGAGGGUGUAGGAGCCCGCCAGCAACAGGUCACUGCCUACUUGCAUAAAGAUUUGAAUAACCUGUGGAUUAUAAAAAAACAUGAUUCAAAUACAGCAGAUCUAUCAGACCCCUCCAGCCCUGUGGAGUUCGUGAGGCAUGGAGAUAUUAUCCGCUUGGAACAUAAAGAAACUUCUAGAAAUCUCCACAGUCACCAGCAUGAGGCUCCCCUGACAAGGAAGCAUUUUCAGGUCACUGGCUAUGGAAUAAACGGAACAGGAGACGCCAAUGAUUUCUGGAGGAUUGAAGUGGUGGGCAGAAAGACUGGGAAGCUCAUAAAAGUCCUACGGAGUCAGAUCCGGCUAACCCACGUUGCCACAGGAUGUAUAUUGGGCUCUUCUGGAAAAACACUGCCCAAAUGGGGUUGGGAACAAGUGGAGGUUACUUGCACGCCCUAUCUGAAGGAGACUCCCAAUUCCCUCUGGAACGUUGAAGAUCAUAUCAACCCUAAGUUGCCCAACAUCAGUCUGGAUGUUUUGAAGCCCUCUUUUGUAGAAAUUCUCCUAGAAUCCCACAUGGUUAUGAUCCGGGGAAACAGUGGCCUCAAACCAAAGGACAAUGAAGUUACAUCCAAACCUUGGCACUGGCCCAUCAACUACCAGGGCCUGCGUUUUUCUGGUGUCAAUGAGACAGAUUAUCGGGUUUAUUUGCUGGGAAACCCGGUGAUUUGGUGGCUAAAUUUGGUCUCUAUUGGAUUGUAUCUUCUGAUAGCAAUUUCCACCACAGUGGCCCUGAAGAGAGGUGUCCAGCUGACAUCUCAACUCAAAGAACUGUCCCAAGUCUUGCUACGUGGCGGAGGGCAGAUUACACUGGGCUGGCUCCUUCAUUAUCUCCCUUUCUUUAUGAUGGGCCGAGUUCUCUACUUUCACCACUACUUCCCUGCCAUGCUUUUUUCCAGCAUGUUGACAGGAAUCACCUGGGACACAUUACUGAAAUUCUGUACUGGGUUCCUGUCAUCCAGCACUACAGCUAGAAAAGCAUAUGGAGGGGGAAUUCUGGUACUGGUUCUGAUUAUCAUGUACAGCUUCUACCUCUUCCAUCCUCUGUCCUAUGGGAUGAUAGGACCUAUGGCCUCGGACCCGAGCAGCCCCAUGGCAGGGCUCCGGUGGAUGGACUCCUGGGAGUUCUAGAGCCAGCAAAGGGAGCUUGGAAGUAGAGACUGAGAAAUGUGAGAGCUGCUGCCUGUCAGGCUGAUAGUGGGGCUUUGGAGACAUGUGACUAUAAUAUGCCUUCUCUGGAGAACUCUGGAUCUAGUAGCCCUGUUGCUUUGGCAUUUGUUUGCAUUGGCUGCUUUGGAAGAUGCAGAGGAUGACCAUCUGAUGAAGACUCAAUUCAUGAAUCUUUUAAGUUAUGUUCCUGGGCAACCGGAUGCUUACAUCUCAGUUCUUAUGAGCAAUAUAUCAGUCAAACAGCAGUGGUGUUCCAGUAGUGAGACCAGUACAAGUCAUGGGGUAUGUGUGGUCUCACAUUCACAUGUGUGGAUGUGUGUGUGUGUCUUCUUUCUUGUAAUCCAAGUACCAUUGCAGUUCGGGAGCCAGAGAGUGUCUGAGACAUGAGGAUUUUUUAAUCAUAUUUAACAGCCUUUAUUACAGCAAGUUUUUUUUUUUUAAAGCUUCAUAUAAGUAUCUGGGGUUCUCUAUACCACUCUGCCCUGUCUGCCUACAUUUUUUUGUGCUGACCCUGUACUUUUAGAAUUUGACAGAACUGAAAGGGUAUCCACUUGAAAUCUCCCUGAGCCACUGUGCCUUGCCCGUCUCUCAGGCCCUUUGCAGACAGAGGAGGUGGAGGUGGUUUGUUUAUCCCCGUAUAUUGCCUUGCUUGCUGGACACAUUUAACCAUUUAUAAUGAUUACCCGGCAAGCCUCUACUCACAGUCAGACUGUUCCAGCUCAGCACUUUGCAGUUUCGUACAGAACAGCAAAGAAGCUACAAAGAAAACUAUAAUGGAAGCAGCAGGUAAUUUAUUUCCUGCCGCAGUGUCCUGUGAAGACUGGCCCCCUUGGGGUGUGCUAGGAAUUAAAAUGCUAGCUUGGAAAUUUUACUGACAGCUGUCAUUCACCUUUUGAUCCUAGCUGUUCCAAUGCCAGUACCUGUACUUUUAGGAGGAAGGUGUCGUCUUAGUGAACGUGGCAUCUGCAAAACUGGCUGUCAGUGCCCAGGGUACUUGCACGCUAUACUGGGCAAGUUCCCUCUCAUAGAUGGCUGACCAUCUUAAGUACUGCAUUGAAGAAAAUGUGAUACGACGCAAAAAUUAUUUACUUGUUACGUGUCAAGAGUCAUUGGAUGUUGAAUCUACUCCUUCCUAGAAAGCAGAAUACUUUUUAUCAGUUAUUGAUUCCUUUCUCCUCUGUUAUGCCCCUUUUUGUAAAUGUUCCUUUCAUUCAGUCUUCCACCCUUUCCUGAAUUUCAAUUUCUUGUCACAAUUUACUGUUACUACCUUGUAGCAUCCAAAGCAAAUGACACUUAAAGCCCAGCUGUGUUUCUGUCUCAAGAAGUAAUAUUUUGUAUAGGUAUUAAGGACCUCAAGCCUGUCAUCUCAGAGUCCUUGUCUGGCUUCUCAGGCUUGCAUCAAAAUGAUGUGUACUAGGAGAGCCACAGGUGAAUGGGUCUGUUUUCAAACAUGAAUUGUGCAUUCUUUCUCUUACCGAACCUAGAAUUCUAAUGUAUUUCCUGCAACACAGAAGAGCUUUGUGUUAUCAUCUCCAAGAUAGUUAUUCUGUGUACAAGACUGAGACUCCAAUCAGGCUUGCUUUCAUUUGUCUUUAAUAGAGGAUCCAUAAGAUUGUUCAGUAAGGCAGCUGCUUGCUAUUGUAAGGUUCUAGCUUGGUGUAUCACAUCUCCCUCCAGAAGCUGACUUCUGUAGAAACCAUCUCAGAUGGCAUGGAUGUAUGCUUUUGAUUCUAAAGGUUUUGAAUUAAUCACCUGCUGAUAAUUCAUGGUGGGAAGUCAUUACGCUAAUUAGCUACUGGGUUUGAUGAUUCUUUUCCAUUUGCUAUUGCAGGAAGUGCUCCCACCUGCCUAAGCCUGGGCUUCACAGAGAUGAUAAAUAGGCAAGAAGGGUGAGGGAGAAGGCUGCAAACUUCUUCAAAUCCUGCUUGGUCUGACAGAAGUUAAAGCAGCAGCUGCAAAUUGUUAACUGUUGGCAACAUGACAGGCAGACAGUGCGCUGCUACAUUUGUAGAAAUGUGAUUCAGCAUCCUCUCCUCUUCGUGAUGUUAUCUGCUUAAUGCCUUGCUAUCAUGAAUAUGAGCUUUCUACACAGUGGUCCCAUUUGCCAUGGGGAGGAAUUGCCGCAGAGGCUGAUGAAAGAUAUGCAUUAAAGUGUAGGGGUUUUUUAGCACAUAUGAUCACACACUUACCAUAAACACUUAUCUGAAAAAUUAAGACAUUUGUGAGUGUUUUGGAGAGACAAUUUCUAAAGUUCUUUACUCAUCAACUUAAAUCUGUGAGGAGUUAAAAAUCAGCUCAGCAACCUCAGUUACUGCAGUGGUUAUGAAAGGGUCAGCUUUGUAGGAGCUGCCUGAGGAGGAGAUGAGCCAGUGUCUUCCUUAGUCAGAGCCCUGUCUCCUCUAUUGCUGAUAACCUUUCUAGCAGGGAUGGCAGCUGAGGUUAAACUGGCCAGCUGAAAGUGACAUCUAUCAUGCUCACAUUCAGCUUCCUAUGCACAAACUCAGCUUCUGUUUCAAUACGAACAAAGGGUUAUUUUAAUUUAGUAUGGACAAUUUGGAAAUCUGCUGUCGAGAGCACUUGAUGAGCACUGGGGGCUGAUCCAUUUCUUAGGUCUUGUGCACUAGUAGUGGGAUGGAGGCAUACAUUGGAAAAAAAUCUAGAUAUCCCACAAGAGGGAGCAGCCUCCAGCAGGAUUUCUUUUUUCUUCUGGAAUUAAGAGUAUUGAAAGGUCUACAUUUGAAGACUAGAGGGCAGACAUUGAAAGGACAUGCAUUUCAUAUGCAGCCAGCCUCUGGACUCCAAGGGUUGAAUUUUCAAGAAAAUGUAAAUUGAUGUUGCUCUAUUUUCUUUCAGUAGAGAAAGAUUGAGAAUUUAUCUUAGCUGAGAAUUUCUCCCUCAAUAUUUGCUUCUCAAAAAAAAAAAAAAAAACAAACUGUCAGGCAGUAGUUGAAAACAAAAUAAUAGCCUGUAUUUUGUGAGGCCGGUAAAAUAUAAUGAUGCUGAUCCCCUUACUGACGCUGACACUGCGUUAAAUGUCUCAGAGUAGCGCAGACUUGAAGCAAUAGGAGUCUUCUCUUCUGUUUUCUGAGUGCAGUUUGAGCUGUUGCAGUUCAGUUUUCCCAUUCCUGUUUGUGGAACGAGUUCAGGUUCAUCUUGAGGACUGCUUAUUAGUCCUCUUCCCCUGCCAUGUGGAAGAUAGCUAAUGGUGCUUUCCAAGGCCAGAAGAUGCUGCUAUCUAGAGCAGCUGCUCUCUGUGAGGUUUGCCUGACAGGGCUUCUUUUAUCGCUAGGAAAGUAUUUCCUCAAACUGUGUAUCUGUGGAUUCAAACUGCAAAAAGCUGCAGGCUUCCAGAUUCCCGUUUCAGAUUUUUUUUUUUUUUCUAUGUAAACUCUGUUUUCACCUCUUCAGUCUUUGGUGGAUAGACAGGAGGGCUCUAGGCACAUCCAGCUUAUCCUAGACAGUCCAUCCCUCUGAAAAAGGUUUUGUUAGCAGUUGUUUCAGGACGACCAUACACACCUAUUCCUGCAGCAGCAACUGGUCUGUUUCCAGGGAGUGGGCUACUCAUGCUAUGAGACAGAGGUGUGACUUUGAGGAGGAUGUGAGUGAGGAUUUCUUUGCCCAGGUUGCCUUUGCUCCAGGUGGAAGACUUGGUAUGUCAUGCACUGGUCACCAGCAUUAUUCACAGGCCUUGGAGUGGGAAAGCCACCACCAUUCUGGUCUGCAGAUAAUUUUCUUUUUGCAUCUUAAUUGGAUGGGCUUGUUGUUGCACAGAGGGCAUUAAUAUCUUCCUUUUUAUAUCCCCAUUCUGUUCCUUCCACUUCUUUGAGUACUGCCCAAAGCACAGGACAUUUCUUUGCUUCUCCUCUGGUCUUUAGGCUGUGUAUCCAUUUCUUACAAAGUGUGUCUGAAAAAAGGAUACCACUGGACUCCUUAUAGUAUCCUCAGUGAAUAAAUACCUGCCACCUGCACUGACAGCAAAUACGGAACCUUGUUACAGAAAGGUAAAAAGAAGUGUUACUGGAGAGUUCGUAGGGCAGGGUUUUUCUGCCAAAGGUACACAGGAGGGACAGUUGGCAAUCUUCUUCAGGGGACGUGAGUGUGAACCAACUGCCAGUGUGGAAGCACAGACAUUUACCUGAAGCUCUCAGCUGUUGCCUGGCUUAGUGACUUUCCUUUCAGAGCUAUGCCUGUGUGACUUACACUCUGGGUUGGUACUCUGUGUACCGGUACCAUUAGAAUGCUGUUUCCUCCUCUCAAGUCCCUGCUGGCAAAGUGAACACCUCCUCAGCAGUGGCCUUCCUCUCCACCAGCUCAACGUGGGUAAGACUUUUUCCCCUUUACAGCAAGUGACCUCUCUGCCGUUAGCCAAGUGUAUAUCAUGAAAGAUAAAAUGUGUGGACUGUUGCAACAUCAUAAGGCUCUUUCUGGCUGGGAAGGGAAAUUUGGGAAUAAGAACACUACCUCCAUAGCAUACUUGCUCCCUUUAGGGAGCUUGUGGGUUGCAAGUAGUCAGGACUAAAAAUUGGCCUUUUCUUCUUCAAGGCGCUAACAUCCGGGUUUCACGGUUGCUUGUGAGUUGCUUUACUUCUUAAAUUCCCUCAUGCCCUUUUUCUUGGAUGUCAAGGGCUAUUGAAUGUCACAGAUAAUAGCUGAGGAAGAGGAAAUAUUCGUACUAAAACCGCUAUUGCUGAAUUGGUAUUUCGUCCUAAAACUUCGGCAAGUAAGGUUGUGUUUUACAAGGGGAGCUGUUCAGAGCCAUACUUCAAGAACUUAGCCCUGAUUGAACAGGCUAAGUUUGGGGCAGUGGUGGUGAGAGGGGUUCUUUUGUGAUUCUGUCCUGUAUUCUGAACCUUUCUUACUAAUGCUGUUAGUACUAGUGUCUGUCCAUCUGUCUGCAUCAGUCCAUGAACUGACUGUCUUCUCAUUCUUCUGAGGUAUGGUUACUGCACUGUACAGUAGGGAUGGGAGAAUGCUUUCUUGAGCUAUAAUGUGUUUUGUACAGGAACUCAUGGAAAAUGAAGUAGAAUUUGGAAUUUAAUUUUGUAAUAAAUAGCUCUUCUUUCAAACAC